CUACACUAACUACUUGCACGGAAAAUGAAAUGAUCCAUUUAUUUAACAACCAAACAAGACUCGUAACGCCAAACACCCUCCGCCGCAACGACUUCAGAACUAAACAGCAACACUUCGGACUACUAAUAAAAUGCCCGCACCAAAAUACGCGUGGUCGGAAAAUAUGACGAAUCCGCCGCCGCCGUCUCCUCCUCCUUUCUCCACCCCGGCGAAGAAGUCCGGCCGCCUCUCACCUCUUCUUCUCCCUCUUCUCGCCUUCGUCGUCUUCGCCUCCCUCAUCUACGGCGAAGACUUGUCCUGCUUUUUCCGCCACCGCGAUUUCUCCGCCUCCUCCCGAUCUACCCGCCUCCCCGCCGACCUCCGCGCCGCCGCUCUCCACGAGGAGAAGAGGCGGAAAUGGGCGUUCGCGGCGGAGGACGGCUGCGAUGUUUUUAGCGGGCGGUGGGUCCGGGAUGCGGAGCGGCGGCCGUUGUACGAGGAGGAGGAGUGUCCGUACAUACAGCCGCAGCUGACCUGCCAAGAGCACGGCCGGCCGGAGAAGAAGUACCAGCGGUGGAGGUGGCAGCCCCACGGCUGUUCUCUUCCCAGUUUCAAUGCGACAUUAGUGUUAGAAAGCUUGCGGGGGAAGAAGAUGAUGUUUGUUGGAGAUUCGGUUAACAGAGGACAAUUUGUCUCUAUGGUUUGUCUUCUCCAUAGGAUCAUACCUCCCAAUGCAAAAUCCAUACAAGAAUUUGGUUCCCUCACCGUUUUCACCGCUAAGGAAUAUAAUGCGACGGUAGAGUUCUACUGGGCCCCAUUUCUUCUUGAGUCGAACUCGGACGACGCAGUGGUACAUAAGAUAAAAGACCGAGUGGUCCGCAAAGGUUCGAUAAACAAGCAUGGAACAUUCUGGAAAGGUGCUGACGUCAUCGUCUUCGACACCUACCUUUGGUGGAUGACUGGCAAUGACUUCAAAAUCUUGCAAUCAGGAUCAUUUGAGGAUAAAGAGAAAGAUGUAGUGAUGGUAUCAACAGAGGAAGCUUACAGUAUGGCAUUGAAAACUUUGGUGAGAUGGGUGAACCAAAAUAUGGACCCAAACCAAACAAGAGUCUUCUUCACAAGCAUGUCUCCUUCCCAUCAAAAGGGCAUAGAAUGGGGAGGUGGCCCAAGAGAGAACUGUUACAACCAAACAACACCAAUAGAAGAUCCAAAGUAUUGGGGAUCAGAGUGUAAAAGGAACAUAAUGAGAGUGACUGGGGAGAUACUUGGAGAGUCAAGUGUCCCAAUAACAUUCCUAAACAUAACACAAUUGUCAAGUUAUAGGAAAGAUGCCCACACCUCAAUAUACAAGCAGCAAUGGAGUCCUCUCACCCCAGAGCAACUGGCUGACCCUCUUAGCUAUGCUGAUUGUGUACAUUGGUGCUUGCCUGGCCUUCCUGAUACUUGGAAUGAGCUUUUGUUUGCCAAACUUUUCUACCCUUAGAUAUUUUUUUAUACUAUGUAAUUAUACAUUGGGAUUUUACCUAAAUAGUACUAAACUAUAGUAACUUUU